CCUCUCUCUCCCUACUUCACUGAUAGAGAGAGAAAUCUGUUAGAAGAGGUAGAGAGAGAAAGCACUUUUUUUGAGUUUCUUUCUCUGGAAUAGUUUCAAGUUUAGAUUGAGAGAGAGAGAGAGAGUCAUUCAAAUUUUCUUGUUAGAAGCAGAUUCAAAUUCAAUAAUGGCUGGUUACGUUGGAGUGUUUGUGUCAGAUCCAUGGCUUCAGAAUCAGUUCACUCAGGUGGAGCUUCGAAGCUUGAAAUCUCACUUCGUGACAAUAAGGAGAGAGAAAGGUGGUCUGAUACUCGCGGACUUGCCGUCGACAAUGUCGAGGCUGAAACACGUCGGGGAGAAUCUCACGGAACAAGAGAGAGCUUCUUUUCUUCAAGAUUUGUAUCAGAACUUGGACGAUGAUGUCGAUUUUGAACUCUUUCUUCAGGUGUAUUUGAAAUUGCAAGCACAUACGAAUUCCAGAAUGGGAAGUGGUGCAAAAAACUCAUCAGCAUUCCUCAAAUCUCCUACUUCUACACUGCUUCACACAAUCAGUGAAUCUGAAAAGUCGUCCUAUGUUGCGCAUAUCAAUAAUUACCUUGGAGAAGAUGAAUUCUUAAAAAAAUACCUUCCUAUAGAUCCUUCAACCAAUGAUCUCUUUGAAAUUGCGAAGGAUGGAGUUCUUAUCUGUAAGCUUAUAAAUGUAGCGGUCCCGGGGACAAUUGAUGAACGGGCAAUCAACACCAAGAGAGUACUCAACCCCUGGGAAAGGAAUGAGAAUCAUACUCUAUGCCUCAACUCUGCCAAGGCGAUUGGCUGUACAGUAGUCAAUAUAGGGACUCAGGAUUUUAUUGAAGGAAGGAGGCAUCUUGUGCUUGGAGUAAUAUCUCAGAUCAUUAAGAUACAACUGCUGGCAGACCUCAAUUUAAAGAAAACACCUCAGUUGGUGGAGUUGGUUGAUGAUAGUAAGGAUGUGGAGGAACUGAUGAGUCUACCACCUGAGAAAAUUUUGCUUAGGUGGAUGAAUUUCCAGCUGAAAAAAGCAGGAUACAAGAAAACAGUAACAAACUUCUCUUCUGAUAUAAAGGACGGAGAGGCCUAUGUCCAUCUCUUGAAUGUUCUUGCUCCUGAGCACAGUAAUCCAUCUACAUUGGCAGCAAAAGAUCCUUUACAAAGAGCAAAGCUGGUUCUUGAACAUGCUGAUAGGAUGGGUUGCAAAAGAUACUUAACAGCGAAAGAUAUUGUUGAAGGUUCUCCGAAUCUUAACCUUGCUUUUGUGGCACACAUUUUCCAGCUUAGGAACGGGCUUUCAAGCCAGACCAAGCAAAUAUCUUUUCUUGAAACUUCACCAGAUGACACCCAAAUCUCUAGAGAAGAGAAAGCAUUUCGCUUUUGGCUGAAUAGCCUGGGAAAUUCAACUUAUAUAGACAACGUCUUUGAAGACCUAAGAAAUGGGUGGGUACUUCUAGAGACACUUGACAAGGUGUCGCCCGGGAUUGUUAAUUGGAAAGUUGCAACAAAGCCUCCAAUUAAAAUGCCAUUUAGAAAAGUAGAAAAUUGCAACCAAGUUGUCAAAAUUGGGAAACAGUUGAAAUUUUCCCUGGUUAAUAUUGCUGGAAAUGAUAUUGUUCAGGGAAAUAAGAAGCUGAUAUUGGCUUAUUUGUGGCAAUUAAUGCGAUGCAACAUGAUUCAACUUCUAAAGAACUUAAGAUCCCAUUCCAGUGGGAAGGAAAUCACUGAUGCUGGCAUUUUACAGUGGGCUAACACCCAAGUAAGGAAUUCGGGAAACCAGAGCCGUAUAGGAAGUUUCAAGGAUAAGAGUUUGUCAAAUGGCAUUUUCUUUCUUGAGCUGCUUAGUGCCGUACAGCCUCGAGUGGUUAAUUGGAGUCUUGUUACAAAAGGAGAAAACGAGGAGGAGAAAAAGAUGAAUGCCAGCUACAUCAUCAGUAUUGCAAGGAAACUUGGAUGUUCAAUAUUUUUGCUUCCGGAAGACAUAACUGAGGUAAAUCAAAAGAUGAUUCUCACAUUGACAGCAAGUAUCAUGUAUUGGUUCUUGAAUCAACCUGUAGAAGAGAAACCAUGCGGGUCUUCAGAUAGUGAGUGCGGGAGCCAGGUGGAGACAACCUCAACCUUGACAAAUGACGACACUGCUUCUGAUUCGUCAAUAGAUUAGACAUGGGAGAUGGUUGUGAAUUGUAUACAAGUUUUGUUAUAUUUCUAUUGAUUGUUCCGAAAAUGAUCUUUAAUUGUCUUAAGAAUGAGAUUUGAUUUGAACUGGAGUGUUUUAUCAGGAAUUUUUGAGUUAGCAAUGGCUAAUGCAUAUGUGAAUAGUUAUCAAAAUUUAUUUAUAUCGAUGAUGAGAGUGCAUUUUUUAUUCUUUUUGAGUAUGGGUUGGUUAUGCGUUU